AUGUCUGAGAGCCACUCUUGUAUCAGUACCUCUAUCGGUCGACCAACCCAGCGGGAAGACUUCUCGCAUGAAACUGCCACCGUGAGCCUCGCAGGUGGGAGCUACUUCUUCAGUGGCCCUACAAGAAGUUACGGACAAGUUCAUAAAGGAAUGGUAGAUCAACCGAAACUUGACUUUGAUCACCGAAAGGGGCUCUUCAAGACCUCGUACAUAAUUCUUGGUCCCGAUCCACACUUCUUCCGCUGUAAUCGCUAUGCCCAGGGGCGGAUUGCCGCACAAAGCAAGGCAGGCUGUUCUGAUCUUGAGGACUAUGGAGAAAUCGCAGAUCUUUAUGGCGAGCAUGAUGUUGAACGUCCCGCAUUCCUAUACCUCGGUCCCAACAAGACUUUCUACACUCGUGUAGACGACGGGACCGAGAAGUGGGAACUUCCCCCUGAGAUAGUAAGUCAAGGCUUACAAGUGACAUCUGACGCCGUUCGAUCUGCGGUAGAUAGUCUCUGGCUUGGUGUUGGAGACGCUUGGGUUGCGCAGUACAGGGACUCCCGCUUCAGAUUCGACCUUAAGGGUCAAUAUACCACUUUGGAGCCCGUUCUGCGUCAGAAACAGGAUCAAGAGGUCUCUAUCAAUGCGCUGGCAUUGAACGUGGCUGACGGAAAGUCUUGUGUCUGUGUCUUCAACGAUGGAGAUGUAGUGUAUGAGACUGGGUCGGCAAAGUUUGAUGGAAAAGAGUUUGAGGCUUGGUGUGAGCAGAAUUUUAGAUUUACUCAAAGACUGAGAUUCGAUUAG